CGGCCUCCCCCCGAGCUGGCAGCUGCGAGGCGCGGCCUGGGGGUGCCUGGGGCCGGGGGAGCCGGAGCGGCCGCCGCAGGGAGAGCUGGAGCGCGGAGGCAGCGCGGCGGCGUUGAUGCGGCAGGAUGACAGUGAAACUGGGCGAGAGCGGCGGGGAGGAAGGGGUGAAAAAGCUGGGCAAGAGAGCAGGAGGAGAUGAGGAGUCCCUGGAAGAAGAAGGGGCAGGAGGAGGAGGAGAGGCAGCUCCAGGCAGCAGCGGCACAAAGAAAGAAGAGAAGAUCAUCAACAGCAACACUACCAGCAGCCCCCCGCCGAACCCCAGCUUAGCCCAGGCCUCGGCUGUCCUCCAGCCCUCCCACAGCCAGGACCAGCAUCAUUUUCUCAGGUCCAGUGUCAGACCUCAGAGCAAGAGGCUGAAGAAGGAUUCCCAGGCAUCCUCUUCAGUUGGGAGCAGUGCUGCUGUAAAAGGCAAAGGGGCAGAUAAUGGAGGGAGUGCAUCUGGUGGCUCAUCAGGAAUGCCUCCCAGCAAUCCGAGCGGGAACUCCAAGUCAGCAGCAAGGAACCUGGGCUCCUCAGCUGGAGAGAAGGAGGAAGGGAAGAAGGUCCGGCGGCAGUGGGAGUCGUGGAGCACGGAGGACAAAAACACGUUCUUUGAGGGACUGUAUGAGCAUGGGAAGGACUUUGAAGCUAUCCAGAACAACAUUGCCCUGAAGUACAAGAAGAAAGGCAAGCCAGCAAGCAUGGUGAAGAACAAGGAGCAGGUCCGCCAUUUCUACUACCGCACCUGGCACAAGAUCUCAAAGUACAUUGACUUUGAUAAUGUGUUCUCCCAAGGGCUGAAAAAAUCAUCCCUGGAGCUUUAUGGCCUAAUCUGCUAUGGAGAGUUGAGGAAAAAGAUCGGGGGAUGUCUGGAUGACAAGAAUGCAGCCAAACUCAAUGAGCUUAUUCAGGCCGGGGCUACGACUGUUCGCUACAAAGGCAGAAACCUUCGUAUCAAAGCUCCAAUGUGCAGGGCUUUGAAGAAGCUCUGUGAUCCAGAUGGCAUUAGUGAUGAAGAGGACCAGAAGCCAGUGCGUCUUCCUCUCAAGGUCCCCGUGGAGUUGCAGCCAAGAAAUAAUCAUGCGUGGGCUCGAGUGCAGAGCCUUGCCCAGAAUCCACGGCUCAGGAUGAUUGUGGAGUUACAUCGGAAGGUUUCCAGCCUUAUUGAAUUCCUGAAGCAGAAGUGGGCUCUCCAUGAAGUGCGUAUUCGUAAAACACUAGAGGAACGGCAGCUUCAAGACUCCAGAGAUUCAGAAACACGAGGCAGCCUCUCAGAGGAGAAGGUGAUGCUCCAUCUCUUUCCAGGAGAGAACUGUACACUCACCCCACUGCCUGGGGUAGCCCGAGUGGUCCACUCCAAGGCUUUCUGCACGGUGCAUUGGCAGGAAACUGGCAAAUGCAAACAGAACACAAAAGACUCUCACUUACUACCACCUGCACAAAUUCUGGGCAUACAGAGUGGUCAGGGGACAGCUAGGGGACAACUGAAAUACCCGCGGGGAACAGAAGGCAAGAGUGUUGGAAGGGCUGAGAGCACUGCAGAAUCGAGCAGAACCUCUCAGCCCACAGCUGAAGUUUCUGCAAGCACUGAAGAUGGCUCUGCAGAUUCUGGUCUGGUGGAGGGAGCAGCCUCAAACCCAAGCAUCACUAACUCUCUCAGCAAGCUGCCUUCUGGACUUCAAGAUCAAGAAGGGAAUCAUGAAAAGCUGAGCUCAGCAGCCUUCUGUGUGGAAGGCAGGGAGGCCUUGGCUGGUGACCAAGCAACUGUAGUAGCAUCGUGCAGCACAGCUUGUGCUUGCAGUAAGAUCCCUGAUGUGGAAGAGCUCUCUCUGCUCGAUCCAUUCCCACGGUACAUGAAGUCCUGUCAGGAUCUGAUUGUCCCAGAGAAAUGUUCUUGCACAGACAAACCACAUGGGAAGGAUUCUGCUCCAGCAGCUGGUGAUACUUCUCCUGUGGCUUUUCCAAGUGGGAGGAGCGCAGAGACAUCUGACUCCUAUUCUCAGCUACUGAGAGGUGGUGUGGCUUCGCCCAGCAGCGGCACAGCCAGAUGUGAAGCUCAGGCUAGCCAGAGCCAGCAGCUCGAUGCAUGUACCAGGGAGAUAACAGAUGCGGUAAUGGAGGAUUCUCAAGAGAAGCUGAGCUCCUCAUUUCCACCUCCACCUCAGGGACAAUCUAACACGAAGUCUCUCAAGGAUGACCCAAGCCGGCUCUCUCAACAAGUUAGAGAAGAAGGAUGGAGCCUGCGAACUUCUGAGAGCCUUACGCUGGCUGAAGUCUACCUCAUGAUGGGCAAACCGAACAAGCUGCAGCUGGAAUAUGACUGGCUGGCUGUCUUGGAGCCAGAAACCCAGGAUGCCAGGGAGCAAACAUCUGAAUCAAGUGCUGUUCCUACAUGUACUACCUUUCACAAGCAGAAACUCCUAAAUUGCCUUUUAAAACUCAUCUCUACUGAAGUCAAUCCCAAACCAACCCCUGAGAUGAGCUCUGUUGCCACGUCACCUAUCAAGCCUACUCAGGAGGAGCAGUCACUGACUCCUCCAGGGAAGGUGGUUACCAUCAGCACCAGAAGUCCAGGCUGCACUCGAAAUCAGUCUGCCCUUCGCAACAACAAGACGUUUUCUCCUGCUGCUGCUUCCAGCUCCUCAGGUUUGAGAAACCUCCCCAGACCUCUCCUGGUGGCUGGACCUUCGAGUUCUGGAAGCGCUGAUGCUGAUGGUGGACUCUUUGCUGUUCCUACAACUCUGCCCCCCAACAGCCGCCAUGGGAAGCUGUUCUUGCCUAGCAAGGAAGCAGAGCUGACCUUCCGUCAGCACUUAGACACAAUCAGUAUGCAGUCAGACUUCUUCUUGCCAAAGCCAAGGAAGCUGAGGAACCGGCACUUGCGAAAGCCGUUAGUAGUACAGAGAACACUGCUCCCUAGGCCAUCUGGAAAUCCGUCCCAGCACGUGUGUUCCUUUUCUAUCCUAUCCAACUCGUCCAUUACAGGGAGAGGUUCAUUUCGGCCAAUCCAGUCCUCACUGACUAAAGCUGCUGUCUCGCGUCCCAUUGUGCCCAAAGUUCUUCCAACACAGGCUACCAACCAUCUGUCCAGUGCUAUUGACUUGGCAGCUAAAAGUGCUGGUAUUAUCCCUGGUAGCCCUGUGCCUGUCCUGGAUGCAGAUGGUUUGUCAGGUGUAUCUCCACUGUCACCAGACAGAGUGACCACAGUGGUAACAGGGCAGGAGUCGACGACUGCACAUCAGAAUGGAAGCUCCAUCACCACUGUGGAGGGCUCAGGCUCUGGGUGUCGAGUUCCAUUUAUCAGCCUACCAACACGUCACGAGCAGGAGACAGUUCCUGAUGGUUUUCAGGGCACGUCAGUCCUUUCCCUGUCAGAGCUGUCCAAGACUCCCCUCCAAAAUGGUCUUUCCACUCCUCCACUUCCUUCACUAGAGGCUUCCAGUACCCGGCUCUCUCCUCCCAAUGUUUCUGCUCUCCUGGAUAUUUCUCUGCCUGGACCACCUGAAGAUGUACUUUCUCAAGGAGAACCUGCCACUCAAAUCAGUGAUUCUAUCAUUGAAAUAGCUAUAAGCUCUGGUCAAUACAGUGAAGGGGUUUCUCUUUCUCCUGCAAAGCUGAAUGGCAGUGACAGCUCCAAAAGUCUUCCGUCCCCAUCCAGUAGCCCUCAGCAGAACUGGAUUGCCUCUCCCAGCCACGACCCUCAGUGGUACCCCAAUGACUCCACAGACUCGUCUCUCAGCAGCUUAUUUUCAAGUUUCAUAUCCCCCGAGAAGGGACGGAAGAUGUUGCCAACUCCUGUUGGGACUGCCAGUGGCACCUCCCUGCUGGGACCUAGCCUUCUGGAUGGGAACUCACGGGACUCUUUUGUAUCGCGCUCUCUGGCAGACGUAGCAGAGGUGGUGGAUUCCCAGUUGGCUUGCAUGAUGAAUGAAAACAGCAUUGAUUACAUAUCUCGUUUUAAUGACCUUGCCCAGGAAUUAUCCAUACCUGAGCCAACCCGCAGGGAAAUUCUGUUUGAUGGAGGAGGUGGUGGUCCCCCUAUUGGGGAUCUCUCCCAGUGAGUGUUUGAGACCAGCAGGCUGGUGUAGACUGUUCAGCUUAAGUUGGAGCUUGCAGUGCUGGAUCAUGGCAAGAGCAGAUUGCAGACGCUCAGUUGUCCCUGUCUUGGUGCACUUCUUUCUGAAAAAGAAGCGUUGUCUUCAAAGGUCUGAAGAACUGCUUGCAGGUCCUGGAAUGUGCAAUAUACUGGGAACAAGAAAAUGUGGAAUGAUAUUACAGGAAAUAGUGUGUCCCCUGCAUCAGUGGUAUAAGAUGGCAGGUUUGUGAGACAGUCCUGGACUUGUACUUUGGAAUGGCCGAGGCAAGAAGCUCAAGCAGGAAAGGGUAUUGCCAGAAGCUCCCCUACAUGAAUUGUUUUUGCAUAGUUCUCAAAAUAACCAUGAUUUGGAUUCCACACUGAAGCUGUGGAGAAUGAAGGGGGUGGGUAGGUACAAAAAACGUUUUGCGUCUUGACGUGUCCUGGUUGGCACUCUGUGUGUGAAUGCAGGCAAACUGAAAUGUGUUGCACUCUCUUCAAAGAUGCUGCAACUCUCUGAUGCUUCGUAGACCUUUAUGUUUCUCUGCCUGUCUUUCUCUGACCAUUCCAGCAGGGGCCCAUGCCUGCUUUCUUGUUUUGUAGGGGAGCUCCGCUUUACCCUUCUCCCAGAUUGCAUGGAUCCCUGGGGAGUUUACUCUAGUUUUAAAGCCCUUCACACAUCUCAGUCAUCCUUCUGACUGCACUCACAUUCUUCACCUUUGAGAUUCUUCACCACGUUCACAGUUCACCCCAGGGGUUGGAAAGUGCUUUUCCACUUUCCGUGAGGAACAGUCGCUUUUCAUGUCAGGAAACACUGCAAAAGAGUUUAUCACUAUGAAAGCUUUGUCAUUAGUUUUGGCUGUGCUGGAAACCUGUAUAUAUUGCUAUCUUUCUCAAAAAAAAAAAAAAAGCAAAAAAAAAAAAAGCAAGCGCUGAGAAUUUUCCCAGGAGAGGAAAUAGGAAAGAGUAAUGUAAUCUAUAGAUAAAAAGUAUUUUAAUGCUCGAGCUGUUGAAAUCUGUCUUGUGUCAUGAAGAGAAAAGGUGUCAGGUCCUGUCUUAACCCCUUAGCUGCUCCUUGUUCUAUGAAUUCCAGGUGCUCUGCAGUACCUCAGGGCAUCAUUUUCUUUACCGUUGCUCCCAGGCUCUGAUGGAUCUGGAACUCCCUCUGCUAAAUCCCUAUGCAUUUAAUGAUAGUCUUUCAAUAUCUGAAAGACCCAGAUCCUGAUUCCAGCUGGUUGAAAGGAAUCUAAAGUUACUUUUUUUGCAGUUGGUUUUUACUUCAAUUCUACCUUUAUAACUCAGGAGACUUUUCCUAUUUCCUUUCCUGCCAGUUUAGAGAGAGAGUACCUUUCUGUGCCCCUUUGUUUAGCACUUGUCUGUUCUCCAGUCCUCUGGCUGUUUUAAGUCACUCUGAAGUUAUCCGAGGGGACAGUCCUAUAUGAACCUCAACUUUAUAUUGUUACUAAAUAAACAAAACUUCCCCAUUUCUUAGGCAUUUAUCAGGGGUUCACUUUCCCAACUUGCACUAUACUUGGUGGAUGGAAUUCUGCCUGCCUGCCUUUAGAUGCUUUUACAAGGCAUUUGACUGAGACUUUCUGCUUGUAACCUUGCUCGUGAUGCACUGGUGGCAUUUGCUGUUUUCCCAUUUUACCCUGCUCACACAGAUUUUGGUUUACUGCUCCAUAGUUUGCCUUAUGCUCUUAUCGUUUAGGGAAAACGUGAUGAGUUUUGAGGCACCUUUUGUGCAGCCCAGAGCGACUUUACUGAUGUCAGUCAAAAAGUCAUGAGAUUUAUAUGACAUUCCAAGACACCACAUAAGAUUGCUACAUUCUCUGGCAUAGGAACUACGCACCUGUGUAAAAACCACGUUAGCAUCAGCAGUUGUUCCCAGCAGGGAGUCAGGCUUGUAUUAGUAGCAGGAAGAUGGUGGUGACUAGAAAAACUGAGAAUUUCAUACUUGUGAGCUAACUUUCUGUGCUGGGUCAUGUGGGACAUUCCUUGCUCUUUAUUUCUGUCGUUAUCUUUAGGGAGUCUUGUUUGAGAAUGGUGAUGCGAUUAUCAGGAAAUUACAUAAAUUGGCAUUUGAAAUCUCAAACGAAGAAUGAGUGCUGAGGAUUGUGAUUCUGAGCAUUCAUCCUUGUUAUGAAGAGAAUAUCUAUGAAUCUCGAGUCACUCCUCCAAAAUGUGUGAAGUUUUGCUGAAAGUCGAGCUAUAUUUUGAUUCAGUCUUACCAAAGUGUCUCCAUUUGGCUUUGGCUUCACAUGUUAGUAGUGCUGGUUAUCAUACAUGCUGUACCUCCAAAAACCCUUCAGCCUUGCAGGACAGAAGCAGAGGGCUCCUCUUGUAGCUGGGACUGGAUUACAGGACGUGCAGGAGGAGAUGUGAUGUAUUCCAAGCAAGUACUGUAACAAAAAACUGAACUUCAGCAUUGUGAAAGACCUGCUUGGUGGUCUGUAACAUAUGUAGGUAGCUUGACAGACGUUGCAUCUUCUCAACCCAUGCCACUGGUUAGGUGGAUACCGUGCUAAUUUUGACUGUUAGAUUGCCUAGAAGUGGUGCCAGUGUCGCUGCACCACAAGGCAGAGCGUUUCAUCAAGCUCUGUGAAGAGUUUCUGCCUCCUGAUGCAGGGAGCUGUCAGGCUGUCCCUUCUCAGCCCAUUCAGUUGCCAUAGAGGAAAAAGAAUGAAUGUUAACACAGUGGCUAUUUCUAAUGGUGCUCUGAGAUCAGAACAUCUUAACAUGCUGGACCAUUGCAAGUAGACUUGGACCACUGAGUAAUAACAGAGUGGAAAUGACAGAAGUAAGUUCAGCACCAACACUUCUAUGGUUAGAAAUGUGUUUAGCAUCAGCCUCUGAAAAAUUCUGAUGACAAAACGGAGUUUAGCAUCCUUUCUUUCACCAGAAUCUCUCAGCGUGGUCCUGUCUUUUUGGACUGAAGUUCCUAAAGACUCCU